AUGGAUCACUAUAUCAACAAGUGGGCCCCUUCGCAAAGGCCAGGGCUGAAGUAUCAGACGAAAGAUAACCCACUUAUCAGAGAAGCAUUCCCAGUAGCCCUCCAGAAUGUGGAACUUUUCGAGGCCACUGUAGCCCUCUGCCUGAGUUUCAAAGCGGCAAGUCAAAGCUUUGAAGCUCGCAUGUGCAAUUGGUCUCUCUACCAUAAGGGCCAGGCACUCUCCGGGAUCCGGAACAAACUGAACUCGGGCUGGCUGGACGAGGCAGUCAUACUGGCAACAGUGUUUCUGAUGAUCAUCGAUAAUGUUUUCCUGGACGUUCAGGCUUAUGAAACCCAUCUGCAUGGGCUUCGAAGGAUGGCAAAAGCCUUCAAGAUCGCAAGUAACAGAGAGCCGUUUCAGGGCUCUCUGCUGUCGUUCAUAGCAUGGGCGGAAUCCAAUGCAUUGCUUCUGUUUGGCGAUCGUAUCUCCUUGCACAGGACCGUCGCAAAAGGCGCUUAUCUGGAAUACCCUAGCCACCCGUUUCCCAGCACGCUUACAAUCGUCAUCGGCACGCUGACGCCUGGCUUUCAGACUCUGGCAUCCCACGGUCAACUUUCAGUAGAAGUCCUCGCCAAUCUUGCAAAAACAGUUCAAUGGACUCGCUGCAUAGAUCCAGAACCAGGCCAGAGUCCGAGCGCGACCGACCAAGCAUUCCUGAGGACCUUCGAUCCACGGGCAAACAGCGCAGACCUCAUGAGAUUGUGCCGAAUUUCUGGCGAGGAGUAUGCGGUGGAAAGAGCAGUCUGCAAGGCUGUCUAUGUCUACCAUGCCAAUCUGCUGGGAUGGACGUGUCGAUGUUCCGGUUACCGGCGGGUCGUCGAAGAACUGGGCACCGCACUGCGCUCCUGGGAUUUCCACAAGCCGUGGGACAGAGACUUGUGGAAGUGGCUAGCUCUUGUAACAGCCAAUGCCGCCCGACGUGGAAAGCUGCAGCAUUUGCAGGCGGAAGUGAUGACGAGCUUGUUUGCUUCAAGCGGCUCGGAGCAGGACUGGAAGUCGGUGCAACUGGCAACGAACAAGUUCUUGUUCCAUCGCACGCUGGGCCGAGAAUGGGAAAUGUGUUGGGACAUAGCCCAUGCAUCGAUCUCAUGA